AUGGUGAGGAGCACACGAGGCACUAAGCUGUCCUCGGGCCUGACUUCAGCGCCAGAACACACCUACAGCACCUGGACCAUUGGUGACACCCCGGGAGCCACAGGGAAGACACAUCAAGGCCCUAUCGCCACAACAGCACGGGUGCCACCACAGAAGGGAGAAGAUAAUUUCACUUACUGUCCAGCAACAGGCCUAGCUAAAGGAAAUGAGCACUCGGAAUUCGCUGGCUGGGCAUUUCCAUUUCCAGGGGUGUUUCUGACGGAGGAGUUCAUUAGCGAAGAUGAAGAAUCUGAGAUAGUUGAACUGAUGGAUCGAGAUGACUGGAAACCAUCACAGUCUGGCCGAAAGAAACAGGACUACGGACCCAAAGUGAACUUCAAGAAACAAAGGCUGAAAGCUGGCAGCUUUACCGGUUUGCCAAGUUUCAGUAAAAAGAUUGUGGCGCAAAUGAAGGCCUGCCCCGUGCUGGGCGGCUUCUUACCUGUUGAACAAUGUAACCUGGACUACAGGCCAGAAAGAGGUUCUGCCAUCGACCCACAUUUUGAUGACUGGUGGCUUUGGGGAGAGCGCCUGGUUAGCUUAAACUUGCUCUCAAAAACCGUGUUAUCCAUGUCUUGUGAUUCCGAGGACACUAUCCAAUUAUUUCCCACUUUCAGUCAAGAGAAUGGGGAAUUAAGUCCCCCUGGACCUUUUACACAGACGUCAGCCUGCAAGAAUUCAGACGGGGAGGGAAUCAACCGCGUUUUAUCCCCGUGGCUUGUUCCGAGUAAGGAGGUGACUGUCGCCGUCCACUUACCCCGGCGGUCUCUGGUGGUGCUGCACGGCGACGCGCGGUACAAGUGGAAACACGCCAUUUACCGCAAACACAUAGAGGGUCGCCGGGUGUGUGUCACCUUCAGGGAGCUGUCUGCGGAGUUCAGCGCCGGCGGGAGGCACGGGGAACUGGGUAAAGAACUGCUAGAAACAGCUCUCUCCUUCCAAGGAAGGCCCGUGUGAUCAGCGAGAGGAAGCGGGCGGCGCCGUUUUAUGUUUAGGAAAUUCGAAUUUGAAAAAUAAAGCACAGGAUUUUGUA